CUGCUUGCUCCUGAUUGCGGUCUCCCCUCUGCUAUGAGAAUAGCACUGCCAUUUCGAGAUCGGACAAUUUCAGCGGUCUGUUCCAUCAAAUAAGAAGAGGGGUGGAGAGGAGGGAGGAGUUGGGUUUCCUGGAUAGAAAAGGGCGGCCGAGUGAAUCCACUCCUCCCAAAGUGGAACGACUAUCUCUGGAGCGAGGACGUUCCUGUGGAGUCAUGAAUUGUGGAGAUGACUGAGAAUUUGAAGGCAAGAUUUGGAUUUCCCAACACCCUCAUUCAAGCUCAGGCUGUGAGGUCACUGGUGACUGCAGUGCUUAAAGAAAAAGGUCUAAAUGAAAAGAUCUGUCAGACCAGCACUAAAGGACCAGCGCUUGAGACGCUAUGGGAACAGUGCAGCAGUGACAGUACUGUCGUCCGCUCGGCUUGCUGCAAUGCUCUGGUGCUGCUUGUGGAUCAGGGACAUGCCGAUCUGCAGUAUGUCCUCAACACCACCCUCAACCUUCUGCCCUCUGCGAGGAAUGUUCAAGGGCUGAUAAAAGUGGUGGGGAGGUUGUUACAAAUUCAAGCAAGUCAGCGAGAUAAUGGAACGAACUUCACUUGUCCGUAUUCAAUUAGAAGCUUUCCUCACCCCUACAUCACAAUACUGGAAAACCGUCCCGACUGCUGGCCCGCUUUGCUCCAAGAGAUUGAUGAUUUCAUUCAGCUGGCCGCUGACAGAGAUGAGCCAGUUUAUGUUGAAAUGUUGGCUCCGUUUCUUCGCUACCUGUAUUGCGAGCCACAAAGAGUGUCAGAAAAUGCCCCGCUGAGACACGGUCUCCUAAGGGUCUUGCUUCAGCCACGAGGGCAUCCUCAGUCGGACUGCCAGGAGGGCAAAGGGAUGUCUGGCACAAGGGUGGUCCGCGAGUUGAUACGCAACCUGUUUGACCUGCUCCCAUACUUGCUGGUGGACAGUGUAACAGCACUGGUGGAGUUCAUAUCAUUUGCUGAGUCUCUGAGCUCUGCUUUGCUCGCUGAUCCGAGUUUCUGGAGGAAGGAGUUGACCCAACUGGCUCUUCAACUCUUGUGUGCCUGUCAGCUCAGUGUGCAGCUGGGAGGAGAGCUGAUGUCUUUGCUUCACAUACUCCACCAGCUUAUACCUGCUUAUGCAGAGGAACUCCCAGCUGAUCAGGUGAUCAUGGGUAUCUCCCUGCUUUUGCUAAAAGCCUCCACUUCUCAGCAGACAGCUCUCCUAGAGCUCGCUGUGAAGAUCAUCCCACCUGAGGUCUGUCCUCCAUGGGGUUCUUCUGUGCUGGUAUUGCCCUUGUUGCAGGUUAUUUCCUGCUCGACUCUCAUGGAAGCUCUUACAGACACUCAAACACACACAAAGAACCUCCAGCUGGCAAAUUCACUGUUGCAGACGAUCCAAAGAGAACCGUCCGUUUCAAAAAAGAAGUCCACACAGCUGAGCAUGCCUCUCAGUACUUGGUACAGUGAGCUUCAGGUGGCCACCAGCGUUCUUCACCGCAUUUCCAUGGACACCCUGUGUGCUGUGGAAUGGCUUUACUCACUACAGUCAUCACUCUCUGCCUGUGAGCGUGUCCCAAAUGCUGUUUGUCUUCUCCUCUCCCAUCUCAUCGUCAGCAGUGACGGAGACCUCUGCCGAUUGGCGCUGGACACAGCUGCUGGCAUCGCUGAGACCGACCCUGCAAAGGUGCCAUCUUUACUUCCCGUCCUGAUGUUUAAACUCGGCAGAGUAUCUGAUCCAGCUUUGUCUCACUCUCUUCUCUAUACUCUGCCAAGACUGGGAACCCACAAGUUCUGUAUCCCACAGGUUCUUCAUGUUCUCCAAACUCUGGCCGGUUCACCCAAACUGAGGCCUGUGGCUUUGCGGCUCCUGGUUCUGUUAUGGAAGAAACAGGAUCGUGUAUAUCCAGACCUGCAAAAACUGAUGUCACAACUAGAAAGAUCCUCAGUGGUCAUGGGAAAAGACACUCAGUGGGAGCAGAUAUUGGCUCGAGCUGCCUGUGUCAGAGAUAUCUGCAGAGAGAGGCCAUACCAGCAUGGAGGAGACAUGCUAGCUGCCAUCGAUGAAACCCUGACACAGUUCUCCAAGAAGGAUCAAGCCACACCUGCUGCUCUCGCAGUUCAGGGCUUACAUGAGCUCUGUAAGGCUGAGGUAGUUGAUAUCAGCUCUACAUGGAAGGCGCUCUCCCCUAAAUUAUGCUUUGACACCAGACCUCUUGUCUUAAAGGCCACAGCUGAUCUUCUGGCAUUGGUACCUGCUUUGAAUGUCAAAACAGAAGAAUAUGAGAAAUUCAGAAGCGAUAUAGUCAGUGUUUUAUGGGGCUACGCUCUUAGUCAGGACCCAGAGGUCGCAAGUCAUGGUUUUAAAGCUCUUUCUGAGUACCCUGAGACAUCUCACACCAUCCUACAUCUACCGGAGCAGAUCAGACCUGUACCAAAGCAGUCUGACAAUGAGGGUGAAGCGAAGGACAAUGAUGACGAAGAAGAGAAAGAUGAAGAUAUUUCAGUGCCAGGGUGGUCAUAUGUUAAGCUAGUUCGAUUCGUCCCACGACCAGUUUUACCAGCCAUCGAGACCUUCCUAACAGCUUUGGUGAGGCAGGAGAUGAGCCAGAUGCCUCGAGGAGUUUACCAUUCAGCGCUGAGUGGAGGAUCUCUGCGCUCAGACCAGGGAAAAACCGUUGCUGGAAUUCCUUCCUUCAUGUUGAAAACAUAUGAGAAGAAUAAACAGCCAGGUUUAAAGCCUGGAUUAGCAGCUGGGCUUCUCCUCUGUUAUGACCUACCGGUUCAGAACGACAAAGAUGGACGACCAAUCACCCGCUUUCUUGUCAGCAGAGGGCGGAGCUAUCAGCAGAUGUUAGCCGCUCUUAUUCAUGAGGUGAACAUCCAGCCAUCUGAGUGGCACCGCUCUCUGCUCCUGCCUCAGGCCUGGCGCGGCUUCAUGAGCCGUGCUUUCCAUGCACUUCUCAAGGGUCGAAAGGCAGAGCUGGAGAUGUUACAGAAACAGGGUAAAGAGAGUCCAGAAGAGCUACAGUACAAGCAGCAUUGUGCCUGGCUCUGGGUCAGAGACCAGCUGACUGAUGUGGUCAAAUCUGCCACCAAAGAUAGUCCUGUUGUUCAGGGUAAUUCUAUUAUGGCACUGAGUGGUCUGGCUGUUGUCUUAACCAGAUAUGAGAGUAACCUACCUACGCAAUCUGACAAUGGCCUUGAGGUCGGCCCAGAUAUCCUUCCUACAACUCAUUGGCUGUCAAUGGUAAUUGACACAAUGCUAAGCAUUGUAAGCAGUAACAGUAACCCUAAAGGACAAAUCUUCCCCUGGUUCAUUCAUCGCUCAUAUUCAGGUGAGAACACGGCUAGUGCGAUCGCCCGCUCCUGUGCUGCCCUGGGUCUGGCAUUGCUGGUGCCUGUGUUGGUGACGUCACGCAGGGAGAGUGUGCCCGCUGUACUGGCCACACUGGCGGCAGGGCUCCCCAGCUCUCCAACUGCAGAUGAAUCUCAGGCGGUUCAGUUCCACAGCGGGCUGGCUUUGGGCAUGUUUCUAGCAUGGUUGCACGAUGAGAGAGUAAGUGAUAUUUGUGGCCAGUCUGUCACAGAGCUGCUGAUGAAAAAUUUGGAGCUGUUGGAGACUUGCUGCUUCAGUACCAAUUGGGAGUACAAUGCUGGUUGUAUAUUGGGUGUUGGGUUAGUCUUGAGUUCUCUCAGCAGUAGUCAGUCUGAACGUGAGCGAUCCCGUGUGUCUCUCACACUGGACAGACUUCUGCAGACCUUUCAGGACAGCAGCAGUAUGAGCCGUAUGCAACAGGAGGUUUUGGCCUUUUCUGUGGCAUGUGUUGGAGUAUCAGCAUUUAGCUCGGGCAUUAUUGAGGCCAGUAAGGCAGAAGAAACCAUGACCAUGCUUCGCUCUCUGACAGAGGAAAGCCAACAGACACCAGGCUUUGCUCUGGCAUUAGGGCUGAUGGUUAAUGGUCUCUCUUCCUGUGGUCAUGGUAAAGCUGUCGACAUCCAACCUCGUCUGCUAGCGGCCUGGAGCAAGAUACUGUUGGCAGAGGGUUGUCCCACAAUGCAGAGGCUGUCUGCCCUUAAUGGACUGAUUGCUUUGGUUGGAUCCGAGACUGCUCUCAUUCAGCUAAAGUGUGAAUCCGAGCAGUCCUCACAACAGCAGGGCAGACUGAAUGAGGUCAUCCGAGCUAUUACACAGAUCAUUACCUUCUCGGGAACAAUUGGUCUGCAGUCGAAUGGGGCCUGUCUGCUUGGACACCUGCACCUGGCCCAAAUGUGCAGUAGCCACAGUCGAACCGCAGUUCCUCAGGACUUUGGAUAUCUCCCAGAGAAAAGUGUCAUCCGAGCAUGUGUGGACUUUAUCACUGAAGCAGGGAGGAAAGGGCCUGAAUUUACUUCAUCACACUUUGUGAAGACAGCGUUGGCAACGUUAGCCACAGUUGGCGGGAGUUUCCAGUAUCCUCCCAUAAACUGGAGCGCAAUUCUCUCCCCGCUGAUGAGACUCAAUUUUGGUGAAGAGGUCCAACAUCACUGUUUAGAGUUAGCCACCACUCAGGUCCAGACCUCCCAAAGUGCCUCACUUUUCCUCUGCAUUUGGAUCGCGCCGCCCCUUGUUCAUAGCCUAAGUCUCCACACUAGGGCUUACCUGUACGAGUGUUUGGGCUCCUGGAUGAAACAUGUUGCUGAAGACAAACUGCAGGUAUAUUUGGACAGUCUGGCAGCCCAACAGUUUGAAGCCGACACACGUCCCCAUCGCCUGCCCCUCUGCCUCUCCAUCCUGCGUGGCCUUUCCAAAGCCAUGGCCGUUCCCAACCCUCCCCAGAGCUGCUGGAGCAACCUGUGCUCCACCACGGAAAAGAUCUACAACCUCCUACCUGAUAACAUACAGGCUGGUGAGGUGGAGCUGUAUGAAGGAAUAUGUUUGUGUCUAUCUGAACUGAGUGACACUGAGAUUGACCGCAUAGUCAAAGUUACAGAGGCUAAUUUGGAAAAAACAGCUUUCAUCCUAUCCUACCUGAUUUCUAAAGGCAGAGUUCCUCUCCUUGGCCUUAAUGAUGUCAUCAGUACCAUUCUUCAGAUGGGAAAUAAGGAACGAAUCAGCUGGCUUCUCCUGCAGGGCCUCCACCAGUCACGGUUCGCCUCUAGUGCCAAUACAGGCGUCUCCAAGAGAAUGGAGUGGCUUUUGGAGCUAAUGGGCCAUAUCAGAAAUGUUGCAUACGGAUCUUCCUCGGUUAAAUGUGUCAAUGUUUCAGAGGGCACUGAUUUUCUGCUGAAUGUGUUUGCUGUAGCAGUGGCAUCUUGGGCUGACCAUUGUGCACCCGUUCUGGUUGGCAUCAGAGCCCAGUGGUUUCCGUGGCGACAGUCCUCUCAGAAGUUGGACCUGUUUCAUGACCUGUAUGUGAACCCAGCCUCCACAGAGCUGUCUGUGGCAUCGUGCCUAAUUGCGAUCCCAUACAGCAUUAAGGAACUACUUGCAAAGGAGCCAUGGAAGUCACAGUUACAAAAAUUCAUAGACUGGCUCUUCAGUAUCACUGAACAUUCUGAACAGGGUUUCUCUGAGACUGCUAUCCGUACAGCCAAAGCUGCAUUAAUGGCUCUGAAAACCACUCCUGAGUUCAAGAAAAAGGGCGUGUGGACCAGGGCGUAUGGCUGGUGAAACUAAUGAUGGAUUGGCAUCCUACUAAAUGUUUUGGCACACAAUAGAUACUGUGUGUAGUGUACUUGACAAAGCCAAUUUGAAAAGACUGAUCAUAACAAACGCUGGCAUGUUUACGUUAUUCAAAAGUUUUCAUUCCAAAGUAUUUUUUUAUAGAAUUGUGUGUGGCAUGUUUGUCAUCCUUCAAGUAAACAAAAUAUUUUUAAAAAGUGCAAAAUGUUUUUUUCAUCAUGGCAUAUGGUUUUCCAUUUUUUGUGCACUGCAUGUCAGUUUAUUGAACAAGCCAUGCAAGCAUAUAAAAUAAUACACUUAUAUGUGUUAUGCCAAGUAUAUUUUGUAAAGCUCUCUGUACCAUGAAUGAAUGAAUAAAUGAGCUUUCAUUGCCA